AUGGGAGUGUCAGUUUCAGCAGAAAUUGAAACUUUGUCAGAACGGACGACGAGCAAAACAACAAAAAUCACAGAUCAGAAAAAGCAACAAGUUAGAAACUACCAGAAGAAUUUGCCUGAUGUUCUGAAAGAUGAAGACGAAUUUUGGUUCAGUCGAAAUAUGCAAGAUGUUGCCUCUUUGCAGGAAAUUCCUCCUACAUCAAGUCCGACAACACUUCCACCAUCGGCAUCUCCAUCAACAACGCCGACAGGCUGCAGCUAUUUAAUUGACGAAUGUCCAUCGAAGUGUUGGGAAGUUGAAGUAGAUAAACGCCCACCGACGUGCACUUCAAUAGCAGCAGCUUUUCCAUUUCUCCAAGGCUGCAAUUCUCUCCCCUUUGAUUAUAUUGACUGCCCCGAAUGUUGUCCCGAUGAAUGCAUUGACGAAAACCGUGACAGAGAAGGUUGUGAUCCUACUCCAGUGCCAUCACCAGCACCUUCUCCCGUUCCGAGUGUUGCGCCAACAAUGAGACCGACUGGUUGCAAUUAUUUGAUUGAAGAAUGCCCUUUGAGAUGCUGGGAAGUUGGCGAAGGCGCACGGCCUCCAACAUGUAGUUCGAUUGCAGCAUCGUUCCCUUUCCUCCGAGGGUGCAACUCGCUUCCCUUUGAUUACAUUGAAUGCCCCGAAUGUUGCCCCGACGAGUGCAUAGACGAAAAUCGUGAUAGAAAAGGCUGUGAUCCUACAGCUUUACCAUCACCAGCACCUUCACCGGCGCCUUCUGCAGUUCCGACUCCCGUACCAUCAGCAACACCAACAGCAUUUCCAUCAUCGGUGCCAAGUCCAAAUCCAUCACCAGGGCCAUCACCAGGACCUUCACCGGCGCCUUCUGAAGCUCCGAGUGUCAUGAAGUCUGCAACACCAACAUCGAUCCCAUCAUCGGGACCAUCGCCAGUGCCUUCAUCCGCACCUUCUGCAGGCCCGAGUGUCAUGAAGUCUGCAACACCAACAUCGAUCCCAUCAUCGGGACCAUCGCCAGUUCCUUCAUCGGCACCUUCUGCAGGCCCGAGCAUCAUGAAGUCUGCAACACCAACAUCGAUUCCAUCAUCAAGACUAUCGCCAGUACCUUCAUCGGCACCUUCUGCAGGCCCGAGUGUCAUAAAAUCUGGAACACCAACGUCAGCUCCAUCAUCUGCGCCAAGUUCAAAUCCAUCAUCAGGACCAUCACCAGUACCAAGCAUGCUGCCGUCGAAAUGUUCUGAAGUGAUCGAAUCAUGCCCUCAUGACUCUUGUUUCCUAUCACACGGAGACCCAACUCGUCCACCAGAUUGUACUGACCCCAGCAUUGACCGACCGGAAUGCGAUGCUGUCCCACCUCCAGAAGGGAUUGCCUGUCCAGUUUGCUGUGCAUCUGAGUGCCGGUCAGAUCACCCUAUGUUCAGUCUUUCUCCUGACGGAACAGCACCAGAGUGCUCACCUACUGCAGUACCGUCGCCAGCACCAUCAGCCGCGCCAACAAGUGCCCCCACACCCUGUAUAGAGAUGUUGGAGAAUUGUCCAGCUGAUUGUCUCAGUUCGGACGUGGACACUCGUCCUUCUAGUUGUGGUCUGCUACAGCGAGACGAUUGCGAUCGAAUUCCAUUUCAGGAUGGCUGCCCAUUGUGUUGCCCAGCUAUUUGCCUCGAUUUUGAUCCUGAUAACUGUGGAGCACCGACACCUGUGCCGUCUCCGCUGCCAUCUUCUGCACCUACCGUGAUGCCGAGUCCACUUCCAACUUCAAUUCCAUCAUCUAGUCCAACAUCUGCGCCCUCAUCAGUACCAUCUUCGGCACCCUCACCAGUACCGUCUACGGAUCCAUCAUUGACGCCUUCUGAGGAACCAACAGCAGCAGCGGUCAUUCUCUUGGAGACACAAAAACCAAGUAGCAAACCAAGUGCGAGACCCACCGAUCUGCCUUCGCCGCUACCAAGUCCAUCUCCAUCAUCCAUGCCAACUGAAUGCACAUACUUGAUCGAUAAGUGCCCAGCCUUAUGUUUCGAAACUGAUCCGAUGAAGCGGCACCCUCGAUGUAUUGAUUUUAAUCGACCAGAUUGCGAUGUUUUACCAUAUGAUGAAGCCAAUUGUCCGCAGUGUUGCCCAUCGGAGUGCGAUGGAGCCCGAGAUCGGGAAGACUGCAGCCCAACGCCAGUACCAUCACCAAAACCGUCACCAAUACCAUCUUCGAAGCCAUCUAUCGAAGCAUCGGUGGGACCUUCUGCUACACCAUCCGAGACUCCUACUUCAUGCAGCCAUUUGAUUGAUGAGUGUCCCACUGGAUGCUGGGAGAUUGAUCCUAAUGAUAGACCGGCAAGUUGUGCAUCUAUAGGAAACACCAUGUGCAACGUUUUGCCUCUACCAGUCGGAAUCGACUGCGGAUGUUGCCCAGACAAGUGUUUGGAUCCACAAGACAGAAUCGACUGCAGCCCGACACCAUUGCCGUCUCCGGUUCCAUCGUCAAAACCCACAGAUCUGCCUUCUCUGCUACCAAGUCCGGCUCCGUCAUCCAUGCCAAGUGAAUGCACAUACUUGAUCGACGAGUGCCCAGCCUUGUGUUUCGAAGCUGAUCCAAUGAAACGGCACCCUCAAUGCGCCGACUUUGAUAGGCCAGAUUGCGAUGUUUUACCAUAUGAUGAAGCCGACUGUCCGCAGUGCUGUCCGUUGGAAUGCAAUGGAGCCCGAGAUCGGGAAGACUGCAGUCCAACGCCUGUACCAUCGCCAAUGCCUUCUUCGAAGCCAUCUAUUGAAGCAUCGGUGGGACCUUCUGAUACGCCCUCCGAGGCUCCUACUUCAUGCAGUCAUUUGAUUGAUGAGUGUCCCACUGCAUGCUGGGAGACCAACCCCAAUGAUAGACCAGCAAGUUGUUCAUCUAUCGGAAACAACAUGUGUAACGUUUUACCUUUGCCAAUCGGAAUCAAGUGCGGCUGCUGCCCAGACAAGUGUUUGGAUCCACAAGACAGAAUUGACUGCAGCCCAACACCUUUGCCUUCCGUAGGACCAUCAUAUGUACCAUCCCCCGAACCUUCAUCAACGCCGUCGCUUGAUCCAACUUUAGAACAAUCUUCGUAUCCGUCAACGGUUCCUUCGAGCAGUCCAACAAGAGUUCCUUCCCGCGAUCCAUCGAGUCCUCCAUCAGACGCACCGUCAAUGAAACCAUCAGAGACUCAGUCGGCAUCACCGUCUGAUGCGCCAUCUAAGGCUCCAACAGAGAGUCCUUCGGCCAUGCCGACUUCUUGUAAUCAUUUGAUUGACGAGUGUCCCGUUGCAUGUUGGGAAGCUAACCCCAAUGACCGCCUUGCAAGCUGUGUUUCCGUUGGAAGGACUAUCUGCAGAAACAUCCCAUUGCCAUCUGGUAUUUCUUGCGACUGCUGCCCAGACGAGUGUCUCAAUCCACAGGACAGAGUCGAAUGUAGUCCUACACCACUACCUUCGCCAAAACCUUCGGGAAAACCUACUUUGCCUGGAGUGAUUGUCUUGGAGACUCUAAAACCUAGCAAUGAUCCCAGUAUGGUUCCUUCUUCGAAGCCAUCUAUCGAAGCAUCAGUGGGACCUUCUGCUACACCAUCCGAGACUCCUACUUCAUGCAGCCAUUUGAUUGAUGAGUGUCCCACUGGAUGCUGGGAGAUUGAUCCUAAUGAUAGACCGGCAAGUUGUGCAUCUAUAGGAAACACCAUGUGCAACGUUUUGCCUCUACCGGUCGGAAUCGACUGCGGAUGUUGCCCAGACAAGUGUUUGGAUCCACAAGACAGAAUCGACUGCAGCCCGACACCAUUGCCGUCUCCAAUCCCAUCACCUGGUCCGACAGCUUUGCCGUCUUCGGUUCCAUCGUCAAAACCCACAGAUCUGCCUUCUCUGCUACCAAGUCCGGCUCCGUCAUCCAUGCCAAGUGAAUGCACAUACUUGAUCGACGAGUGCCCAGCCUUGUGUUUCGAAGCUGAUCCAAUGAAACGGCACCCUCAAUGCGCCGACUUUGAUAGGCCAGAUUGCGAUGUUUUACCAUAUGAUGAAGCCGACUGUCCGCAGUGCUGUCCGUUGGAAUGCAAUGGAGCCCGAGAUCGGGAAGACUGCAGUCCAACGCCUGUACCAUCGCCAAUGCCUUCUUCGAAGCCAUCUAUUGAAGCAUCGGUGGGACCUUCUGAUACGCCCUCCGAGGCUCCUACUUCAUGCAGUCAUUUGAUUGAUGAGUGUCCCACUGCAUGCUGGGAGACCAACCCCAAUGAUAGACCAGCAAGUUGUUCAUCUAUCGGAAACAACAUGUGUAACGUUUUACCUUUGCCAAUCGGAAUCAAGUGCGGCUGCUGCCCAGACAAGUGUUUGGAUCCACAAGACAGAAUUGACUGCAGUCCGACACCCUUGCCGUCUCCAAUCCCAUCACCUGUUCCAACACCUUUGCCUUCCCCAGGACCAUCAUCUUUGCCUUCAUCUUCAGAUCUAGGCGUAAUUAUGGACACACAACAGCCCAGUGAAAGUCCAAGCUCGGCGCCAUCCAUGUCGCCUUCGACUGUGCCUUCUGCUGGAUUGUCGACGGUACCGUCAGGAUUACCAUCAAUUAUUCCUACUUUUUUGCCCUUUCUUGCAGAGGCUGAAGGAUGCGGUCUCGAUAUAUCUGUCGACGAAAGCUGUAUGGUUGCAUGCAGUUUUGAUUUAUGUGUGGAACGGCCAUAUCGCAUGCAGAUGCUUUACACAGGAGGGGGAUGUGAAGGAACAUCUUUCAAACGUUGCGCUGGGGAAGACUCGGAUGCAUGCACAUGUACGAAGGAAGAUGUUCCAUGCUUCCAGUGGAAUCAAAACAACUCUUGUAAAGAUUUUGAUGCAGAAGGAAACAUCUGCAACAAUCUCCAACAGACAUGCGAAGGAGGAGCUACAGCGGGUUUGGCUUCGGAGUGUGGACCACCGCCUUCAAAUGAAAACCACAAGGUCUAUAUCGAAGCUUUUGGCCGAGAGGAGUCGUAUUUUGCAGGUCCCGUCAAUGUCAAUGCGACCUGGGAAGCGAUGACAACAACUGAUGCGGUCGACGACUACACUGAUAUUUUCACAUACGACUGGGAUGAGAACUCGGGGAAAGGACGGCUAAUGCAGCAUGUUGUUUUUGAUAGCUCUUGCAAAGAAGACCUGGUCCUCAGUGACCAAUUUGGCUGUCAUCAGCUUCGCGAAAUGGACUCUUAUUGCCAACCUUCCUGCAAUGAUGGAGGAUGUAUGGAUGUUACCGAAAACGGUUUGACGUUUGGUCGACGAAGUAUUUCAUUGCUCAUGGAGACUGACGCCCAGCUUCGACUUGAUAAGCUCAUUGGCUCUAUUGCGAGAGCUGGAACAGACAAUAAUGUUCAGCUGGAACAUGUUCUUGGGCUCUACACACCAGUAGACUUCAGCGCUCCAGGAACUCUGUUGAACUUCAGCGAAGCAAUCGGCCAAGUGGUCCCUCCUCCAGUCGAACUCAGUCAAUCUGGUCUUGUAAUUUCAGCCAAAACGAACUACAGUGUAGCAACGAUUGUUACUGGGUUCCUACUUGGCGACAGAGGCAGUCCAUGUCAACAGAUUGCGGAAUCGCAAAUUGGAUGCCGCCGAGUACAAGAGCUACCUUGUCAGUGUCCACCAUGUGUCGCAAGUCAGCUUUCUUCCCUGCCACCAGUCGGUAUAUCACCACCAUCAUCAGAUCCGCCACCAACGGGAGGCCCACCACCAACAGGAGUACCGCCCAUUCCCUCCGCACCGCCUCCAACCCCCAAUCCACCAUCACUAGGAGCCCCAUCACCAACAGGAACGCCUUCAAGUCCCUUAGUACCUAUUCCAGCCCCCACUCGUGUCCCUGCUGGGAAGGCGGACAAGUCGAAGGGUGGAAAGAGCGGGACGAGCAAUUCAUCGAAGGGUAAACAAGAUGGCAAAGCUGAUAAGUUUGGAAAAAGUUGGAUGAGCGACCCUGGUAAGUCUGGAAAAGGCGUCUUCGGUAAAAGCAAGAGUACAAAGGGAGACUCCGGCAAGGCUGGAAAGGCUGACAAGAGUGACUCUGGAAAGAGCGUCUCAGGCAAAGGCAAGAGUUCAAAGGGGGACUCCGGCAAGACUGGAAAGGCUGACAAGAGUGACUCCGGGAAAUCCGGAAAAAGCGUUUCCGGCAAAAGCAAGAGUACAAAGGGAGACUCCGGCAAGGCUGGAAAGGCUGACAAGAGUGACUCUGGAAAGAGCGUCUCCGGCAAAAGCAAGAGUACAAAGGAAGACUCCGGCAAGGCUGGAAAGGCUGACAAGAGUGACUCUGGAAAGAGCGUCUCAGGCAAAGGCAAGAGUUCAAAGGGGGACUCCGGCAAGGCUGGAAAGGCUGACAAGAGUGACUCCGGGAAAUCCGGAAAAAGCGUUUCCGGCAAAAGCAAGAGUACAAAGGGAGACUCCGGCAAAGCUGGAAAAAGCGACAAUUCCGGAAAGGCUGGCAAGAGCGACUCUGGGAAAGCUGGAAAGAGCGAUGAUGAUGUCGGUGAUCAGUCUGGAAAGGCUGGUAAGAAUGACUCCAGCAAAUCUGGAAAAAGUGCCUCCGGCAAAAGUAAGAGCACAAAAGGAGACUUAGGCAAGGCCGGAAAGAACAACGAUGCUAUCGGUGAUCAGUCUGGAAAGGCUGGAAAGAUUGACGACGGUGUCAGUGAUCAGUCUGGAAAGGAUGACUCUGGCAAAUCUGGAAAAAGUUCCUCCGGCAAAAGCAAGAGUACAAAAGGAGACACUGGCAAAGCUGGAAAGAGCGAUGGCACUGUCGGCGAUCAGUCUGGAAAGGCUGGUAAGAAUGACUCUGGCAAAGCGGGAAAAAGCGAUUGGACUAUCGGGGAUCAGUCUGGAAAAAGUUGGAUGAGUAAUCCUGGCAAGGCUGGGAAGAGUGAUGAUGGUAUCGGUGAUCAGUCUGGAAAGGCCGCAAAGAGCAACUCUGGCAAAAUUGGGAAAAGUAACUCCGGCAAAAGUAAAAGCACAAAGGGGGACUCCGGCAAGGCUGGAAAGAACGAUGAUGCUAUCGGUGAUCAGUCUGGAAAGACUGGUAAAAGUGGCAAGUCUGGAAAGAGCGACGACGCUACCGGUGAUCAGUCUGGAAUGGCCUCCAAGAGCAACUCAGGCAAAUCCGGGAAAAGUGCCUCCGGCAAAAGUAAAAGCACAAAGGGAGACCCCGGCAAGGCCGGGAAGAACAAUGAUGCUAUUAGUCAUCAGUCUGGAAAGACUGGUAAAAGUGACUCUGACAAGUCUGGAAAGGACGAUUCGGGAAAGAAUAAUAGCGGGAGCACUGGGAAGAGCGGUUCCGGAAAGAACGGUAAGAUUGAUUCCGCAAAUGAUAGUACAGGAAAACCCGACUCCUCAACGGGUAAAUGGGCAGGCAAGACUGGCAAGAAUGAUAGCGGGAAAAUUGAUCAAUCUAGUCCAUCUGGAAAAGUUGACUCCGGAAACAAAGGAAGCAGUUCCAAGGGAAAGGUUUCAUCAGCUUCGCCUCCUACUGCAAUUUCCGUCGCUUUUGAGACUUCGAAUCCAUCACCCACGAAUAUUGCGAAUCUGAUACCAGUGGUAUCUAGUCCUUCGCUGGCACCUGAUACCGAUGCAAGCAUAUUUUCGACGCUUCUCCCAACUGCUGGGGUACAAUUGAUGGCUGCACAGCCUGUCUGCGAUUUGGACCUAGUUUUCUUGGACCAGUGCACUUUCGAGUGCCGCCAUGAAGUAUGCAAAGAGACACCGUACCGAAUGCAAAUGAAAUACAAUGGUGGUGGCUGUUAUGGCAUGAGCUUCAAGAGGUGUCUGGGCGACAAUCCUGACUACUGUUCCUGUGAUAAAGAAGAGCUUCCCUGUUCCGAGUGGAGUACCGGAAAUGUCUGUGCAGACUUCACCUCGGAUGGCAGAGUGUGCAAUUCGCAUGGUGUAACUUGCGCGGAGCAAAAUAAUAAGAAUCCCACCCCUGGAUGUGGCCCACCGGCUUCAACUGAAGCUCACACGGUGUACAUUGAAGCAUACGGAGAGAACGAGCUUUACUUCUCUGGACCUGUUAGUGUAAAUUCAACUUGGGAAGCGACCACCGAGGGCGAGAAAAUGUCAACGAACACCGCAAUUUUCACAUACGAAUGGAUUGAGGGUAUUGGCAAAGGCAAGAUACUACAACAAAUUCUCUUCCAAAGCUCUUGCUCUGAUGACAUGUCUGCAGGCGACCAAUUUGGAUCCCAGCAAUUGGUUGAAUUCGACUCAUUCUGCGAUAUUUCGUGCAGUGAUGGAGGCUGUAAGGAGGUGACAGAACUUGGGCACACUUUUGGACGUCGACGUGUAUCCAUGUACCUUGAAGAUGUGUCCUCCAUUCGCCUUGAUUUGGGAGCCGGCUCGUUCCACAGUAAUGUGGAAUUGGAGCACGUUCUAGCGAUGUAUACUCCAAGCGACUUCAGUGCGCCAUCCCAAGUCUUCAACUUUAGCGAUGCAAUCGGAGCGACAGUUCCCUCGACGAAGCGACUUGACGCGAAAGGUCUAGAGUUGUCUCCUGGAAAAGAAUACUCUAUUGCCGCCAUUGUAACUGGAUUUCUGAAUGGUGACAAAUCUCAACUUUGCAGUCAAGUUGCUCUGUCACAGCUAAAUUGCGACAAAAAGGCGACCCUACAGUGCAGUUGUCCUCCUUGCAUGGGGGCAAACGUAGCCGACCUUUUCGAUUAUGACGUUUCGACUGAGGGAGAAAAUCCUUUACCAACAUCCCCGUCAAAGGCACCGUCAAAGAGCCCACCAACUUCCUUUAACCCCGCAAGCAAAUCGAAUAAGGGCAGCGGAAAGAACAAUGGGAUCCCAGUGGCGGAUCCUAGUCCACCAUCGAAAUCGCCAUCGAAGAGUCCGCCAUCGGGUAAGUUGCCCAAAGAAACAGGAAAGCAGGAUGCCCCAAAAGACACCAAAAAGAUGAACGCAAUCACUCGAUCGGAUGGAAAGUAG